AUGAAAGGCAACAAAGGAUACAUCAUUGAUGUUGGUGCAGCUAAAUCGAUCGAAUGUGUCACUGAUAAACGAGGAGCAAAUCCCUAUUACCGCACUCACAUCAAACUGCGCUACAGCUUUGGCAAUGUUCACUUGUGGGGCUUUCAUGAGAAUGGACUCGAUUGGAAAUUGGCUGUUCAAAAGGCGUUCGAGCGAUCGAUUCCACCAUAUCGUUCACCAAUCACAUCCACUCCAAAACGUGUCAUUUUGUCUCCACCACAAACGGACAACGCAAUCACCCCACGUGGCAAUGAUGAGAAGAAUGAAGAGACAGCGAUGUUGAAUGCUGCCGAAUACUUCGCUGAAAUGGCUGACGUGGUCGAAUCGAAGAGUGCUGUCUCGCGGAUGAGCUUGGACGAUGUGAUCAAUGACCAAGAAGAUGCCAAUCAAGAAAGUCCCCAUAAGCAAAGGACCACCGAUUUUCAAGACGCCGCUACAAACAUUCCCUCAGUCACUCAUGUGCAGCGUGUUCGUCGAUUCCUUCGCAAAAGCCUCCCAGCAGUUGAUCGAUCGUUUUCCGCUCCUCAUAUGACGGUUGAAGAAAAGCCAGCCAAGCAGCAUUCUCCAACGAAGCCAGCGGAUCUUCUUAAUGCCUCUGUCAAUCAGGAAAAGAAGCAAGAAUCAUUGAUGCCAAAGCAGAAUGUUGCUGAGAUUUGCGCCAAACUUGAAAAGACUCUCUCAACUCGUCAACCUGCACGCGAAAAGAAAGGUUUCUACCGUUGGAUCAAGAAGACAACGCGUAGCCCUGAAAAGAAAGCACAGGUUGAGAUGGAGGAAUCGAUGACUUCAAUGGUUGGAUAUGAGAAGGCACUCGGAUGGGAAAGGCCGAUGAUUGGAACCGACUCGGAGACAAAUGUU